AUGCCAUCCAACUCGGAGAAAUCAACCUCCACAUCACAGCCAUCAUCCAGCCGACAUGGAUCUCCAACUAUACAGCAGCAGCAGAGUCAAACAGAGAGUCAAAAGCUUAUCGAGGCAAAAACUGCUGUCAUCUUACUCAAGAACUCUCGGUUAUGCACAAAAAAUGAAUACACACAAUGGCUACUAAAGAUGCUCUAUCAGCCAAGCUCCAGAAGAGACACAGAGGCUACAAACGUCCUAUAUCUAUCACGAAGUCGACGAAAGAUUUGGGCAUCAGAUUUUGCAAUUCAUCAAGAUCCAUCCAGAACAGAAGCCAUCAAUCGGCGCAGGGAUCAACUCUAUGUCAUCACACCCAAAACCAGCAUCAUGACACUGAGCCAAGACAACCGACUUGUAUACAUCAUUGAUCUCAGUUCCAGUUUAGCGACUGCAGGAAAUACCCGAGCAGACAUCCUCCUCAACGAAGUCUUUCAAACACUUGUCAAUUCAUUAGAAGGUAUAGUGCAACCCUUCUCCAUGCAAGUAUCACCAACUGAAAAAGCCGUUGUUCAACCUCAUCUUCGCCUCACCGUCAUGGCUGAUUGCUCGCAGUUUGCAUCCAACGUCAAUGUGAUACCCAUGCUAGUCGAACAUCCUACCAUGAGAGUGUUUAUGCAAAAUGUCGUAAUUACUGCAAACAAUAUCCACACCAUCAUUCGAAAACUGAGAGCGGAAUUUCUGGCCUUUCAGGAAGAUACAGUGCAGUUUCGAAAGUUCAUGAAGAGGAACCGGUCCAAUAAAGGAUACAACUUGGAUGUAGGGAAUGAGGUAGCGCCACCUGGUGUGUUGGAUGCCACUGCGGCUACUACUUCGUUUUCUGCUGUUGCUGCUGUCGCUGCCAAGAAGAAAAAUAAGACAUUUUCAGCUGAAUCCAUGCCCAUCUCGGAAGACAACAAGACAUCCAGUUCAGAAGUGGAUCUCAAGGCCAAAGACACUUCAUUUUACUCGUCUACGGCAGCAGCCACCAAAAAGGAAGUGUGGGGUAUUGGUAAAUCAGGCGCUAAUCUCAGUCGUAUACUGCAUGCAGGCCAUUUUGCACUGAAAUUACUGCCUCGUCAGGGCCGCGCUCAGUUGAUCCUGCUGACAGAUGGCGCCAUGAAGUCCAACGUUCAUGACAAUACAUUUGUGCGUCAGUUUGCAGAGGAGGAUAUUACAUGCCAUGUGAUCCAGAUUGGCUAUGCCAGCAGUUUUAUACCAGGUCGAAAUUUUGGGUUUGUGCCUGACACGGAGAUCCUGCAAUUCCUGGCUCGUGCUACAAGCGGCACCUUCAUGUACUCGGAUAAAUGCUUGACGAAAUCGCAUGCCAAUAUAGUCAUGUACCACGAUGAACGAGCGUCUGUGUCCUCAGCAAUUCCUGUGACAAGUAGUACCAGCAAAUCGUAUCCUGUUGUUCAGUUCGUUGAUAUUCACAAGGCCAAGCAUAUCCAGACACCUAACAUCUUCCACCGACAGUUUAUGUUUCGAGAGACCAUUCUCACCCGAUACCAACAUUCUGAACUGAUACUUCAAGCAGAGAAAGAUUCAGGCACACAGUUAAAUCGACGGGAAGCCAACUUGAUGGAGUCCAGCAACGAGCGGAUGAUGAGAGAGCGAUUCAACUUUCCUUGGGAUCCUUACGCAAGACCCCCUGAAGGCGAGUGGCGCUUACUGAAAUACCGCGAAUACACGCUGUCCUCUGAAUUCUCGCACAUCAUUGCCGCAAGAGCGCGUGAAGGGUUCACCUUACAGUCGGUGACAUUUGAUGAUGGAAACGGUUCCAAGCAUGUGGAUUCAGGCAUUCACGACAUUGAAGCACCCGAUUUCAACGCUGUGCGGAAAGAGCGCAUCCAGAUUGUCAUGAUCCUGCGAUGGCAACCAAAUGUCUCUAUUGAAUACAGAAUCCGGGCUACCUGGCUACCGUCCAUCAUUGGCACUGCGCCCAACAGCUACAAAAGCGAGGAUAUCCUGCUGUCCAGCGGCAUUUUUUCGCGUGGCAAAGCACCCAGAGCCGAGAUAUUUGUGCGCACAGAUGCGAGUUUUGCACACAUGCUGCAGAACUGGGACAUGUUUCGGCGCAGAGCUCAAAUGAUGGGCGUGGUUACUGGGUCCAUCUAUUUUGGCGAGACAUAUGCCGCUCCAGUGUAUUCAAAGAUUGAGCGGCUGAAGACGUAUUUGGUUGAUAUCUUUGAAGGCGAUGAGGUGCUCAAGACGGUUAUUGCAUUUCCCUGCAAGUUCUGGACGAACGUAUCAAACAACACCGGUGGGUACAACUUGGAGUCUCAUCCAGGUUCCGUGGCUUCGUCGUAUCGAUCUGAUACAGCAGCAAAUCGUGGUGCCGGCGGUGCUGGAUCAAGGCUGAGUAUAGGGCAGCACAACGUGGCCUUUGUAGAUGCUUUCAAGGCCUUUUGGGAGCGCAUCAAUACCUCAGAUGCUCGCGCACGAACACGCUGUUGGUAUGAUCCAGGCUGCAUUGAUCUGCUUGUCGGUGAUGUGUCUCCUUACAUGACGCCCAAACUUUCCUCCUCGUACAAUCAAGAGUUUGUCUCCAAUGUGGAACAGGAUAUUCUAGCGAUGGUCAACCAUGUCAAAACUGUGAUGCAAGCGUGGUCUGAUUUCGAAGCACAAGAUGGCACGUUUGUCAAGAUGAUGCACAAACUGCUGUCCAGUCCAACCUCCAACGGUGCUAAUGAGGAUGCCCAAAAGGAUUACUUUUCUGCCAUGCAAGUGUACCCACCAUCUUUCUGCGAGUUGCGUGUUCGCCACGAAUACGGAAGACUGAUUACGCUGCGUUUGCUCUUUUUCAAUGUGGAGGUGGUUACGCGCAAACGAGCGGUUCAGAACCUGAUUCAUCUGAUCAAGACACAUCCAGACACCCAACUGGCGUGCAACAAGGUUUGUGAACGGCCCUUUUCUCGCUUGCUGAUGCGAGAUCCCAAGCAUUUUGAGGACUCUUCUUCUGAUGCCACUGCUGCUGCACUGAACGAAGAGGGCGAGUCCAAUGUCACCAGGCCUACAGGAAAUUUGACGCAAAAUCAGAGCAGGGCCAAGGCGUGGUAUCUGCCAGUAGCCAUGUGGUUGACUAGUGAAUACAUUGUGCGAGACUACCUCAAGCACAUGACAUGGACGUGGCAAACAGACAAUCAUCAAGACGCGUAUCACAGAGAGAACAAGAUGAUGCCCAUUCACGAUUUAGCUUUCCAGUUUCUAUGUCAAGCGAGAUUGGACCAGGGCUAUCAAUUGGUAUCACCGCGACCCGAUAGCACCCAGUUUUAUCAGGAAAUCACACUACCUAGUCGAGACGGAACAGAGCUGGUACUAUGCGCCAUCCAAUAUUUUGUAUGGAAGGAUUCAGUCAACGGAAAGAUUACUACUGAACUGUGGAUGGAACCCAGCGGCAACUUCGAUGCGGACCAGUACGAGCUAGUGAAGCAAUGGACUUUUGAGCCUGAUCGAAAGACGAUAUCGCAACUUGUGACAUUUGACCAGAUCCAUGCUGUUGGCAGAUCCAAAGGUGUAGGUGACUUUAAGGGCAAAAAGAGAGGCAAUUCGCAUACAACGUCAGAUUCACCCGCGGACGACACCACCAUCAUGCUGCUGCCUCAGCUGUUUGACGUGGCCUCUGUCCUGAGAUCCAACCAGUUUGUUGUUGCCUCCUUCCAAUCACCGCAAUACAAGAUGGCAUUGCUGCCUUACUCGCAACACAAGCAGACACAACACCAACUCAAGCUCAAGACUAUGACGCCGCAUUACGAUACAGAGCAUCCUCAUCCUCAACAACAGCAGCAAGAAUGGAGCGAUCAUUCUGGCAGCACAACACCUGUGAUUCGACAUACAAAGGCAGUAGGAGGAGCAGGCCAAUCCAAGUCUCAUCGCUACUUGCGCCGUCAUGCCAACGUGUCUGUGUCGGUGGAGGCUGGUUAUCCUACUAAUUCAAGUGCGUCUAAUUCUACAGCAGCUACUCCCAUUAUAGACGGCAGCCAAAAGCUGUUUAGCUUCAGGCCGGAUAUACUGCUGAACAAGAACAAGGAAGUGAUUGCCAAACUGGAUGUCGUACUGCAAAACUACGCCUUGCUGCACUAUUUUGUAGAGCAAUCCCUGGACUACAUUGCCAAUGGAGAGAUUCUCAUGUCGCAUCACGAUGUUGGUGCUACAUUCUGGCAAGACCUUCGCAGUGCACUGCAAUCUGUUACCAAAGAUGGCAAGCUCUCCAGCACAGGCUUGAUUCCUGCUGACCUCCGAAAGACCCGAUGCUUUGUCAAGGUGUUUGACCCUAGAUCCUUUGUGGUGAUUCUGUUUCCUAGCUUGGAAUCUAUCUCCAGUGGAUUACUUAAACUGCAGCAAGACGAUGGGCACAAGUCGAUAUCCACAGUAGAGCGUUGUCGCUUCUUGGAUGUCUUUAUGUUUGAAUGUGUGCGACAAAAGCCCAUGAAGCCCACCAAGCAUGGCAUGUCAUUGGAGGAGAACAACUUUAAGCACAUUCAAAAUGUGCUGCAAGACGCGGAUCAGAUAUCAAUUCGUCCUAUCGAGUACCUUGUGCAUGAGUCCGAUGGAUUAGGUGUCAUGCUGCGUCCCGAACUGUUCCAAGGAGAGUACAGCUGCUGUCAAUCACAAGCGCAACUGACAGACCGCGUGCUCCGUGUGGCGCAAGAUGUCGCACGCUUCUACUCGAGAAGUUUCCUCAAGUCGUUCUACACUUGUUUGAUGAGAGGGUUCAUGGUGGAUGACGAUGAUCUGGGUAAGAUGUUGGAAGUCUGCAACGAAUCGACCAUGGAGAUUGACAUCACAGAGUUUGUCAACACCAUGUGCAUGCAAAAGCAUGAGCUGAUUGAGAGUGAUGUUCAAGAAUAUGAAAUUCAGGAAAAGUUUAAUGCCAUCUUUCACCAGUACUUUGAACCCGUCCAGACCAAGAAAGGCUCCAUUUCCAACCUGUUCUACUACAAGCCUCCAUUCAACAGAAGCAACCAAGGCGAUCCUCGCCAAGAACACAUGUCUGAAGACGACAAAAUUUCGUUCAUUGUAGACUUGGUUGCUCAUUCUCGGGCUCCUUUGCUGAUUCGACUGAACGCUGCUUACAAGACCACUGCAAAUCAAGAUACGGAUAGUUCAUCUUGCACUGAGAUUGUUGUUCCUGUCACCUCGCUACCCACCUCCUACACAGGCCAUACAGUGGAAGGCACAGCGUUUGACUUGGAGGAUACAGAGACUAUACAAAACGAUACUUUCCCUCGGAAGGCUGGCAGUACAAAGGUCUACUUGCAGAUUGUGUGCCUCAACAUGUCCCGGUCUGAUUUGGAUGAUCACAGUGUCACGAAUAAUCUGUUCCCCUACAAUCCCCAAUUUCUCAUUCAGUCCAUGCAAUCACAGCCAGACUGCUUCUCUUGCCUCACCCAGGAUCAACAAGCUGCUUUGGCUGAGACAGAUGCUCGUGUUAAUUGGCUGCUGAAGGAAGAAACCAUCCACGGACUACUCAAAGCACCCAUCAUCACACUGUCCACGUUGAAAUACGUCGAGAAUCAACUGAGAACGCCCUGUCCAUUUGUUGAGUAUCAGACUUCCAUCAAAAUGCCAUUCCAGUUCGUCAAGAACUAUCAAGAGAGCCGCAUCAUUUUCAUGGACGAGUUGGAGAAAGACAGCUGCUGUCAAAAGAGCGGAAAAUACCAACUCAAGCGUGUGGGCGAUUACUUUUAUGUCUGUGAGGACUCUGUGUUCAACAUGAGCGAAGAGUCGUCGUACUCCAACAGUGCCUCACCUGUAGUGACAGAACCUUCGCCUCCUUCGCCAACUACCCACACAGACCAAGAAGACUCAUUUGCUUCGACUCAGAUGGCGCAUGAUGACUUUUGCGAUGGUCUGGGCAUUAGUUUAUCCAAAUUUGCAGACAGAGAAGCAGAAGAGGAGGUCAUGUUAAAUGAAACAGCCGGUGUGCCAUUAAGUAAGCGUCCUUUGUAUUGGCUGAUACUGAUCCCGUAUGAAAAGUAUGUGCAAAUCUACUUUUACUCCAAGUUACAGAUGCCAGCCGCUGGUUCAGAUUUGCUGAGUCCUGUCAAGGAAAAGAUCAAGAUGAUUCAGGAACGCACCAACCGAUUAGCACUGUUGAACAGCUUGCAAGACACGCGUAUUUGCAGCAAGUAUCUCGAAUUGCCUAGUGAAGGAUCUGAAGCCAACACCAUCUAUUCGGACGAUGAUGAUGAAUCCACGGAAGAAGAAAGUGAAGACAUGCCGGAUGUGUUUAGCCAUGGUCUUUUGCCUGAAAGCGACAAGUUUGUGCCAGGCCAGUUUUCUUGUCCUGUUGUCUACACCAAGCGAUUCCCUUUGCAUUGGCGUUUGCAACCCUCCGUGGCUCUCAAGUUCCUGACAACCGACGUGCUGCGUCUCUUUACUGUAAUCAAUCGGCCCAACAUGUUUGUAAUCGAGAGAGAUGGAUCCAUUGUGUAUUGCAAGAUCUAUGAAGAGAGUCUGUCAGGCACUGGAAUAGAUGCAGAUGGAUCUCCCAAUACCGUAUAUGGAUCGCCCACGCACACGCUGUCUGGGAAAAAGGUUGAGGACGAUGCGCAAACACUGGUUGCUUUCAGCACAGAUGCUGCUACAACUGCCACGACACCCACGCCUACGUCAAAACGUGAGCUGUCCAGAAUUUCAUCCACGUCACCUCAUCCACCUCGUAAAUCCAGUGCACCGCGCGUCUCCACCAACGAUAGAAGAGAGCUUGUAUUGGAAGUGUAUGGCAUUGAUCUGCCAUCUUGGGUAGAGAAGGAGUUUGUCAAUCUGAUUGAAAAUCGAUUAAUUUCUCAAAUUACCCUGAACGAGAUACAGCAGUUCUUUGUUAGAAAUUCAACCUCCAAGCCCACGUCUGCAGAUGUCGACUUUAUCUUGCCCACAUCCAAACCACCCACGCACCGAGAGAUGUUGCGUGUGCCUAGUCUUGUCAAUAGCCCCUACACACUAUUGCAGUAUUUUAGACAGUCUUUGCUGGCAGACAACAUUCGUCCGUUAACAGGUCCCUAUGUUCGACAGACAGUGUCCAACUACUAUGACAACAUCUUUUUUGAUCAAGAGACUGAUGCUGUACAAGACGGUGCUAAGCGUGAAUUAAGAGGUAAAUGCGAAACCACGCGUGAAAUUGCACCUGGUGCAUUCUGCUUUUACUACAAUUGCACAAAGCGCUUACCAGGCUCUUCCACACCUCUGGAGCUCUUGGUAGGUCAAGGUAUGGCAGGCAUCUGUCUUACCUUGCUUGAUGAAUUCGGUGUUCCCAUUUCCACUGUAAUAGAAGAAGGCAAAUGCGGGGGCAACUUCGAUCCAGAGACCAUUCACCAAUGUUUGGAGGAAGAGUUCAGAGAGGCAAAAGCUGGCUCCACCUAUUUUCACAUAUGGGUAGACAUUUGGGUGACGGGAUCGUGCGAUGGAGAUGCUUUGAUGCAGCACAUUUAUGAAUGCUAUCGCCAGAGUCUGUGUGAUUACUUUAUCGAAAAGACGGUAACCAUUGAUCUAGGCGCUGCCCUGUCCAUGGAUGGUGCACUGCAGAGAGCUGUUUUCGACAAGGCAGAGGGUCGUUUGGGCACUGUAUUGCGAAAGAAGUUUAUUGAAUCUGUGCUGUUCAUCUUGCGAAAGGCAUCUGAACUGAAGAGUCCUACAGUGUGCUCCAUGGAUAGAGCAAUUCAAACCACGCCUUGGUGUAUGGAUGAUCUGGUGCGCUAUCUGGAUGUCGAGCUUCGCAAGAUUAAUCCCUCCUUGAGACCUACUGUUGCUUGGACUUCGUUGGGGAACGCUGUGUAUGACGAAGGUGAUGAUUUACUCAAUCCAAAUAGCAAAUGGGAGCUGUAUCGUGGAUUCCAGUACCGUCAACGUCAGAAGAUUCAAAGCAACAUCCGCCUUGUAGCUAUCAGUGGUCUAGAUGAAUUUGUAGAGAAACUAGGCAGCGUCUCUGAUUCAUUUGGCACUGAGAGAAGACCCAGUGCUGCUAGUGACAACGACAGUCAAAAGGCGAGAUCAAGACGUAGCUCUGGAGAAUCAGCCAAUACGGAAGGCAGUAACAACGGCCAGCGACGCUUCAGCAGAGGUGAUACGCAGGAUCAAUCCAGAGCGUCUAGUGCGCUGUCCAACUCGGGUGUAUCGAACCGACAUAGCCCUCAACUGGAUUCCAAGAAACACUGCUUUAUGAUCAUGACGUUAGAUGUCCAUCGGCUAUCUAUUUACACCUACAAUUGGUCUGAAUCCGUCUCUCAAGACUUGUUCAAUGGUAUAUUCCGAGUUGCCAAUCGACAAGAAGCACGUAGCGACAUCAUGAGCAACAUUUUGCACCAGAAGAUGGGAUUGUUUCAUCACACAGCACCCAUCAAGGACGUCAUUGAAAAGUUUGGUACUAGUGGACAGCAUUACAAUCCUACGCGAUCACUGUCUACCAAUCUCAUGUCUACAGCGGGAACCAGCUAUUCGGCAUCUACGCCUCAGAUUCACUUGACGUCCCCUAAAUCUAGCAAAAAGAUGGGCAGACAGUUUGACAAUGCCAGUAAAGCAGAGUCCGCCAGCGGAACACGUACACCUGGAGGCAUUAGACGGACCAACAACAAUGCCAACACGGGUAACAACAGCAGCAGCGCCAAUGCAAACACAGGCAACAGUACACAUGUGGUGGCUAGUAUGCUGGAUCUCAAGGAUAUGAUUGCGUUUCCUACCACAGCACCUUCUCGAGACAAAUUGUUGGAGAGCACACCUACCACUGUUCCUCCAAAAUCAAGUGGGGACGGAUUAGGUGCCACUUCACCCAACACGAGACAAAUGGAGCAAGAGAAUUAUAUCGACAGUAUUUUGCAAAAAUCCAUCAUCCGUGCUACUGAACUGGACCACGCUUUGAUGGACUCCAUUACUGACUCUGUAGCAGACACCAUUCGCAGCAAAGAUUUUGAUAUUUUGCGUCGUCAUGGCCAACCGUUCCUCGAGACGUUCCUGAGACGAGCCAAAAUCCAAUCAGCACACCGUAAAGCGCUCAAAGUAUAUCUCAAAUGGAGAAAACGAUAUGGCGACCCCAAGACAGGAGUGGAUCUGACAGAACGUUUAUCCAAACAUGAAGUGUCCACCAUCAUGCGCUCAUCGCGUGUCCUUCAUUUCUGCCGCACACCACUCAUAUUCUGUGACCCUGAACGCGAAUGGCCCAACUUGCAAGAGGGAUCCACAGGCAGAGCUGACAUUGUGGCAUGGUUCAAGAACAUGGCCAACGCACUGUUGUUUGAAUAUGCUGGGUAUUUGGAAGGUGCUGAUAUGCAGCUAAUUGAUUUUGCAAAGGACGACAACACACAAGACAAUCUCAACCAGUCUUCACUGCGAUCCUCCAAGUUCAGUUUAGGUAGACGAAUGACAGCAGAUUGUCCCCCCACCUUUUUGCUACGUGUGUUUGAAGGCGGCUCCAUCAUCUGCGAAGUGCGUCUUACCAGCGUCUUUGUCUCUGUCACACUUUACACACUUCACAGACAAUAUGGGCGCUUGGAUUACAAUCGCUUCCGUCAUGAAACGCGACUGAAAAAGAGAGCCAAUUUCAAGAAAUUUGAAGAAAACUCGGGCCACUUUAAGCAGAUGAUUCAUAUCAACUCCUUUGUCUAUGAUUUCCAGCUGCACUACAUUCAAAAGAUGCUGGACCAGCCUGAAAAGGUACCUGCCGAUUUGAACAUCUUGUCGUUUGUCAGACGGUUUGCACUCACCAACCAGCAACCUUCACCCUACUCCAAAGAUCGCAUCAUUCAUGGCUUUUACCAGUUUGAUGGGGGUAAUGUCACCUCCAAUGCCUUUUUCGAAAACUUGUUCAAGAAUGCACCUCGUCAUGGUUUACUCAAUGUGCUUGCUAGCAAACGCUACUCUGCUGUCUCCAUUUCUAGUUUCGAUCUUUCGUUUGAAGCGAAAACAUCCCCAGAUCCUGCGCAUACCAACUGGAAAUACACAUUGGUGGUGUGUCCUGCUCAAGAGCCUACCACAGAGGAUGAACAGCAAAGCAGUGACAAGGCCAAGACCAUCAUAGAGUACUUUGUGUUGGUAGUUUAUCAAGGCCAAACUACUCCUGAAUCCAUGACAAGGGCAAGUUGGCUCAAGAAGGAGCCACAUUCAUGGCAAAAACCUGAUUUGAAUGGUGUAUCGCUUCCAGAAGAAGGGUAUACAUUGGCUGAUAUUGUGUCUGGUGCUAGAAUCAAGCUGGAUAGUAUCGUAUCAGAGGUCAUCAUUCGAAGUAAACGAGCGCAUGAUUGGAAAAAGCUCUACAACGCCAACCUGACACUAGAAAAAUCUGUAAAGACUCCUCCUGACAGGCCAGAACUCGUGCAGCUCAUGAGCGAAUUUGACAGAGUUGAUAUUACGGAAGCAGACAAGAACAUUGCCACCAUCUUUGGCAUGAAAUUGGAUUGGGAUGCUGCACUGACCACGGUACAAAAAGUGAUGAAAAGCAGCUGCAAAUACUUUUAUGAAGGAGGUCGUCGCCAUUUGUUGCUAUACAAUGCAAGAUAUAUGGAUUAUAUGAUUCAUCUUCGAUUGGAUGCCAACAAGCAGAUUCAAGGUUGGAUGGUCAGUAGAGAGAAACGGACGGAUAGAGCUGUAUUUGAAGGUGCUGAAAUUGGACAAAUGGUCAGCCUGGGCAAAAUAUUGUACUAUCAAAUGUGGAAAGUUGUAGCUAGUAAAAACGGCGUGUAA